AUGUCGCGGGCGCGCGAUGCAUCCGCCUCCAGAAUCUUCAAGCUCUCGCCGGCAGAUUUUGGCCGCAUGCAGACCGCGGUGCGCGAGCGGCUCCGCGAGCGCGGCUCCAGCGCGAGCGACGAGGUCCUGCCAGAGUAUGUGAUGGUGAUGGUGCAGAACCAAAAGACGCAGGCACAGGUGGCGUCGGAGCUCAAGGCCUUCCUCGGCAGCGAGGCCUCGCCAUUCACGGAGUGGCUGUGGUCGCGGCUCAUCGCGACAGCCGACGGCACCCCCUCCGCCAAAGCCACUGCCGACAAGACAGCAGCUGCGGACGGUGCGGGGCGGCGGCGAGGAGGCGGCGAGGGCGGCGGCGCGGCGAAACAAGCCAGCGCGGCACGUGGCGAGGGCGCAGGCGGGUCACGUCGCGCCAUGGAGAGCGAGCGCGAGCAGCGGGCGCGCGAGUGGGAGGAGUGGGCCGAGGAGAAGAGGCGCAAAGAGCGUCUUCAGAGAGGCAGCGCCGCCGCCGCCGCCGCCGCCGCCGCCGCCGAGGCCGAGUCGGUGUCUAACGAGCGGAGAAAGGGCGCGCUGGCGCGUGCGUCCGACCCGUCGGGCAACGGCCGCGCUGCUGCGUCGGGCUCUGCCGGCCAAGGCGGCGCGGGCGGCUCGUUGUUUUCCCGCCUCGGCUCGAGCGAGCUCGCGGCGAGCGAGCCGCUGCAACUGGCGGCCGCCACCGACACGACGGGCGACUCGCUUCUAAGACUAGUACCUGGCGGCGCCUCCCGCACGUGGGUGCGGCCGGGCCUCGCGCCCGCGGCGGCGCCAGCGCAGCCGGCGGCGGCCAAGCCGGCGGCGGCCAAGCCGGCGGCGGCCAAGCCGGCGGCGCCGGCGCCGGCAGGCAAGGUGGCGGCGGCCAAGGCGGGUGCCACCAAGGCGAGCACAAAGUCGCCCCGGGCCUCAAACGGUGGUUGGAACAAGUUUGUCCGCCAGGCGUGA